CAAUAACUGGCCCGGCCCAAUUAGCCAGUUUAGACAGGGCAAUUCGAAUUGUUUCCCUUCCUCCUUCUCAGUUUCCGUCACUAUUCCAACUGGGGAAGUUUACUUGGGCGAUUCGAUCGAUCUAAGAUGGCGUGGAGGCAAAUGAUCAUCAGCCCCUUCAACCGAAGAGCAAUAUCUUCUCCUUGGCAAUUUGCUUCUGGGUUCUCAAGCUUCUCUUCCAAGGCGUGUCCUUUCGCAGUAAAGGUGGGCAUACCAGAGUUUUUGAAUGGAGUGGGUAAAGGGGUAGAGACUCACGUGCAGAAGCUUGAAACUGAAAUUGGAGAUAUGCAGAAGCUGCUCGUCACUCGAACCCUUAAGCUCAAAAAGCUCGGCGUUCCUUGCAAACAUAGGAAGCUGAUACUGAAAUUUGCACACAAGUAUCGGCUUGGACUAUGGAGGCCUCGAGCUGAAUCUGUCAAGACUGCAUGAAAAUCAAAUAUCUUCUUCAUCUUCAACCAACUAGUAUUCUAGUUUAUCUGUCUGUAACCAUUAUUUGAAAACAUGGUGGUUAUUAGUUAUUACAACAACAACAACUGAGACUUAUUAUAUAGUAUUAAGUAACUUCAUCCUUUUAUUGUUCAUCUCAUUCGUGAUUGAGAA